ACUAUAUAAAGCCUACCAAUUAGCUUAAUUUUCAUCCAGUGUCGAACUGUAAUCUCAGUAGUAAACAAGUAUUUUUGUGCAAUUGCUUCCGAACGCAUCACACACUUCCACUAAACCAACAUGUUCAAGCUGGUUCUCAUCUCUGCUUUGAUUGUGGCUGCCUAUUGUGCCCCAGCGGACAAACCUGGCCAGGACCGCAUGGAACCAUCCGAAUCAGCGUGGAACUCGCAAUGGGGCAGUCACACCAAUCCGAAUGCUGCCUGGCAGAACCCUAAUGCUUGGGGCGCUAGUAGCUGGAACCGCUGGAAUAACCCUGCCGAAUCACGUUGGAACCGUUGGGGAGCCAACCCGGAGCCCUGGAACCGUUGGGGAGGAGCUAAUGCAGGAUGGAACCAGUGGAACCGUGCUGGUGCGUGGCCAGCUGGUGGGGCUGCUGCUAACCGUGGCUGGAAUCCGUGGUAAAAGGUAACGAAUGUGUGUGUCCAAGCUACUAUACAACGAAUGCGACAGCAGUGUCCAGUGACAAAAGGCUAUGGUUUUGUACAAUGUUUUCUUAAAUACAAUUCGUAAAUUUUAAA